UGAAAACAAAAAGCUUCAUACAUCUGUGGAUCAGUUUAUUUUUCAACUGUUACACUCCUCAGUUUGACGCUCUAGGUCCUGCGAAGGUUGAGUAAUCGCUGACAUGACACAUGAAAGUUCAGCAACGAAAGUUAGUAUACAACAACAAUGUACGAAAAUUCAUGUUAAAAUGAUAUAAAAGUGAGGUUUCUUAACAUCAAAGAAAAAUACUUGUUUCGGCUCUUAAUUGUUUAACGUUUGCCUGGAAUCAUGUUCCUGAGGCGAGAUUAAAUUCAGGUCAGUAACAGUUUGAAUUAUCGUAAGAAAACUAAACAUUUUGAAAAGUGGUGAGACAGCUAUGGAGGGUGAACCUACAGCAGGAGGAGAUGAGGAGGGUAUCCUGCCUAUACAAACCAAAUCAGCAUUUGCAGAUUCUAUUCUUGACCAUCUCACAAAUUUAAGUGUACGAUCAGAUAUAGCUACCGAAAAAUUAACGGCGAUCAUAUGUACCUUGGGACCCGCAUCGGCUCAGCCCGCUGUAUUAGAUGAAAUGUUAGAAGCUGGAAUGAAUAUAGCUCGAAUGAAUUUCUCACACGGUUCUCACGAGUAUCAUGCAAAUACCGUUAAACUGGUGCGUGAAGCUGUUGCUAGGUACAGCAGGCGUGUUGGGUUAAGGUGGCCUGUUGCAAUAGCAUUAGACACGCGUGGACCAGAGAUUCGCACUGGUCUCCUCGAAGGUGGAGCUUCAGCAGAACUUGAGUUAGUCCAAGGAGAAAAAAUAAAACUUACUACCAACGACGCAUUUGCUGAAGCAAGCAACAUUAAUUGUGUAUACGUAGAUUACAACAACAUUACGAACGUUGUGAAGCCUGGAGAUAGAGUUUUUGUCGAUGACGGACUCUUAUCACUCAUUGUGAAGCAAAUUGAAGGUAACGAAGUGCAUUGUGAAAUAGAAAACGGAGGCAAAUUAGGAAGCCGUAAAGGCGUGAAUCUUCCAGGAGUUCCUGUUGACCUACCUGGCGUGUCUGAGAAAGACACAGCUGACCUUCGUUUCGGUGUGGAGCAAGGAGUUGACAUGAUAUUCGCGUCUUUCAUUCGAAAUGCGCAGACAGUGCAAGACGUACGUGAUGUACUAGGAGAGGAUGGUAAAAGUAUUUUAAUUAUUUCAAAGAUAGAAAAUCAACAGGGUAUUGACAAUGUAGAUGAAAUAAUCGAAGCCUCUGACGGCAUCAUGAUCGCACGUGGAGAUAUGGGUAUAGAAAUACCACCACAGAAAGUGUUUCUAGCUCAGAAAGCCAUAAUUGCGAAAUGUAACCGAAUAGGUAAACCAGUUGCAUGUGCAACUCAGAUGCUGGAAUCAAUGACAAGUCACCCAAGAGCAACACGUGCUGAAUCUUCUGAUGUGGCAAAUGCAAUCUUAGAUGGAGCUGAUCUAGUGAUGCUUUCAGGUGAGAGUGCAAAAGGAAAGUUUCCUAUAGUCUGUGUUCGUACAAUGGCAGCAAUCUGCCGUGAAGCUGAGGCCGCUGUCUGGUCGAAACAGCUGUGCACUGAACUAAGUUUUGAUAUCGCGCCUCCAACAGACCCAAUGCAUGCCACAGCUCUAGGUGCUGUAGAAAUGGCGCGUCUUUCUAAAGCAGCAAUGAUUGUGGUGUUGACUGUAUCUGGAAGGUCUGCUCAUUUGGUGGCCAGAUACAGACCUCGCUGUCCUAUAGUUACCAUAACACGUUAUGCACAAGUUGCCCGUCAAGCUAACUUGUACCGUGGCAUAAUACCACUCAUUUAUCAGGCUCAACCGAAAGAAGACUGGAUUGAAGAUCAAAAUGAUCGCAUAGAUUUUGCUAUCGACUUCGGAAAGCAACGAGGGUUUGUAGAAGAGGGAAGUGCAGUGGUUAUUGUUGCAGGCUGGCGUCCAGGAUCUGGUUACACUAACACUUUGCGUCUCAAGUACAUUCUUUCAGAAGUUGAAGAAUAAACAAUAAGUGUUGAUGGAUUUGUUUGUAACUGAAUGUCUGAUAAAAGAACGUUCGUGUGCUAUUGGUGUUUCUUGAUGAAGACUAAACUGCAAAUUAUGGUUUGAAUAAAUAAUUGUUUUUUCAUU